AUGCGCACCAAUCGGUCCAGUGGCAUGCGGGAGCUCCGCCAACCACAACUGCUGGAGCGGGUGCUACGACGGCACGAGGUGCUGCUGUCUGCGCUACUUGAACAGGGACGUAGGCAGGACCAUAACUUGGCACACUUGGGACGUAGACAGCAGCAGGGGCGCAGUCUGUUACACAAGGAACAGCGACGGAUGGUGCUGCUGAGAUAG